UCUAAAAUGGUUGCUGUUGGUUCCUCAAUCUCCUUGCAUUGUGCACACAUACUAGAAGCCCAAGUGCCGGCCUGAGAAAUCAUCAAGCUAACCAAAGCCGGCGGUUCACCAUGCCGGCCAGCAGCAGGCUGCCCCUCGCCGCCGUCGUCCUCCUCCUUCCGGCCGCCACCACCCUUCUCUUCCUCUGCUUCUGCCCGGCGGCCGCCGCAGCCACAAGCGACAGCAGGGCGGUCGCCGCCGCCGGUGCUGCUCCGGACAGCGAGUGGCGGCGGCGGCGCCUGGAGGACGAGGUGGCGCCGGAGCUCGGCGGCAUGCUGGCGCUCGGCGCGAACCAGGGCCACAUCACCUACAACACGCUGAACAAGAACAGGCCGUCGUGCGGCGGCGGCUGCGCCGCCAGGGGAGCCUCCUACACCAACAAGUGCACGUACAAAAACCGGUGCCGUGGGUGACCCAGCCGGCGCGUACUUGCGGUCGCCGCGACGAGCGGCGACGCGUGUCUUGUUCGUUCUCCGUCCAUCACACGCACGCUCACCACUUUAUUAGCUGUUCCUGCUAUCUGCUGUGCAUUCUCUGUAGCACGCGUUUGCUGCCUCUCCUUUCUCAUUUUUCUUUGGGAUAGAUCGAGUUGGCAUCCUAAUCCUAUGAAUAAUUGUUGUGAAAUAAGAGAGAUUAUGUAUGUUUUAUUAAGCGUCUGAAAUUUAACAUUUAUUCAGACAAUAGGAUCAAAGUUUUCUAUCGUUCUAUAUGAAAAUUAAAGUUGUUCUAGCAUCU